AUGUCGUCUUUUGAUUUUACCACUGUCGCAAACCCUCACGCUGAGAGACUCCAGCGUGCUUUUGGCGAAUUGCACCUUAAAAUGGUCAACCUGGCCAACGCCGUUCUGGAUGACAGGCCUGACCUUAUGCAGCGCAAGGAGGAGUGGUCGCGCGACUGGGCCAAACUUGUGCAGGACCUUGAUGCCAAUGCCAUUGAUGGCAAAACUUAUGGCUUGAGUACCGCACUCUCUGCGGAUGAAGGUGCACUUGGCUGCAAGGCCCAACAGUCAUAUGAGUGCGACUGGCCAACUGAGAAGUUGGCGCAAGAGAAAGCCGCUAAGCAGAAGGGUAAGGAGAAGGAGAAGGAAAAGGAGAAGACCCCAGAGUCAGACGCUAACAUGGAGGAUCAGGAGGGAGGGGAUAGCGAUGCUGACGCGAGUGGAGAGGAGGAAGUUCCGACUGUGGUAGCUCCUCUGCGUGUUCAGCGGGCAGCGACUACCGACGCUGUCGGGAGCAAGAAGGUUUUGAAGAAGGAUAGCGAUGAGCCCAUCGUUCAUCUGGUACCUUGCGAAGGGUGCCACAAGGUGAAGAAGCCUUGCGUCAGGAGAGUUGCUGUGGCUUGCGACUGUUGCAAGACCAAUCACAAGGCUUGCAAGUAUGCGACCCACGGUCGUGGAGUUGCAAAGGUGCGGGCUGCCGCUAGGGCUAAGGCCAAAGUUGCCGCUGGACCAUCAACGACUCCUUUGCCUACUUCGCCAUCUGCGGCUGAGGAGGAAGAUGAAGAAGGGUCGGAGGAUGAGGAGGAGGGUGAGUCUGCAGAGGGAUCGGUGGUUGAGAGUUGGAAGAGGAAGGAGCGGGAGUCGGAGGUGUCGGGUGACUUCGAUCCUUUGGCGGAUACUGGCUUCACCAAGGAGGAUUUGCUUCUGGAGGGGAGGGUGAGGUUGCUAUAUGCGAAAAUGACUACCAUGCAGGUGGAAGAGGAUGCGCCAGUGUAG